AUGAAGUUCUACAUUGACGACCUACCGGUCGUCUUCCCUUAUGAUCGAAUAUACCCCGAGCAAUACGCGUACAUGUGUGACCUGAAGCGGACUCUAGACGCUACGGGUCACUGUGUGCUGGAGAUGCCAUCGGGAACGGGCAAAACGGUCUCCUUACUGUCGCUCAUUGUGUCGUACCAGCAGUUCUUUCCUACCAAGCGGAAGCUUAUAUACUGCUCGCGUACGGUUCCCGAAAUCGAGAAGGCCCUUGCGGAGCUGAAACGGCUCAUGGACUAUCGGAUAUCGCUCGCCGAAACGCCUGAAGAGCGCGAGAAGGAGGAAAACUUUACCGGAUUAGGAUUGACCAGUCGGAAGAACUUGUGCAUUCACCCUGAAGUUUCGAAAGAGAAGAAGGGCAAGGUGGUUGACGCAAGGUGUAGGGAUCUUACCUGUUCUUCCACCAUGAACAAGGCUCGGAACGAGCCUGGAUCUGUCGAAACAUGUAGUUUCCACGACAACCUAGAGGGCUUAGAGCAACAGAUUCCUUCUGGGGUUUGGACGCUCGCAGAGGUACUACAGUACGGUCGGGAUCAUGGAACUUGCCCAUACUUUACCGUGCGACGCAUGCUACCAUUUGUUGAUGUAGUCAUCUACUCCUUCCACUACCUGCUUGAUCCGAAGGUGGCCGAACAAGUAUCGAAAGAUAUGUCAAAGGACUCCAUUGUGGUGUUUGAUGAGGCGCACAAUAUCGACAACGUUUGCAUUGAGUCUCUAAGUAUAGACCUCACGAGACCGAUGCUGGAUUCAGCUGCCCGCAGCGUAACGAAGCUAGCAGACACAAUCGAAGAGAUAAAAAAGACGGACGCCUCUAAACUCCAAGAUGAAUAUCAGAAGUUGGUCGAAGGUCUUCAGGAUGCCGCCAACGCCGAGGAUACAUUCGCGAGCAAUCCAGUUCUUCCCGAGGAUCUCCUGCAGGAGGCGAUACCGGGCAAUAUUCGUAAAGCCGAACAUUUUAUCGCCUUUCUCAAACGAUUUGUCGAGUACCUGAAGACGCGGAUGCGAGUUCUCCAUGUUGUCGCAGAGACCCCUCCCUCGUUUCUUCAACAUCUCAAGGACAUUACGUACAUUGAGCGCCGGCCACUGAGGUUUUGUGCCGAACGUUUGCAAUCAUUGGUCAAGACUCUGGAGCUGAGCCGGAUCGACGAGUUCUCGUCAUUACAGAAGGUCGCCAACUUCGCCACUCUUGUGUCGACGUACGAAAAAGGUUUUCUUCUCAUCCUGGAGCCUUUCGAGACGGAGAAUGCCACAGUUCCGAACCCUAUCUUCCACUUUGUUUGCCUCGACCCCUCUAUCGCGAUCAAGCCCGUAUUCGAGCGAUUCAGCAGUGUCGUGAUUACAUCUGGAACGAUCUCCCCUCUUGACAUGUACCCUAAGAUGCUACAAUUCACCCCUCGAGUGCAAGAGACCUACGCCAUGACGUUGACCCGCAACGCAUUCUUGCCCCUUGUCAUCACAAGGGGUAGCGACCAAGUAGCUAUAAGCUCGCGGUUCGAGGUUCGCAACGAUCCCGCCGUCGUGCGGAACUUCGGGACAAUCCUUGUGGAGUACAGCAAGAUUGUACCUGACGGGAUUGUCGCCUUCUUCCCCAGCUACCUGUAUAUGGAAUCAAUCGUGGCUGCUUGGAACGAUAUGGGCAUCUUGAAUGAAGUGUGGAAAAAUAAACUCAUCUUCGUCGAGACCCCUGACGCCAAUGAAACAAGCAUCGCGCUCGAGAACUACCGCCGCGCUUGUGACAACGGGCGCGGCGCUGUCUUGUUGUCUGUCGCUCGAGGUAAAGUCUCCGAAGGCAUCGAUUUUGACCACAAUUAUGGUCGAGCCGUCAUCAUGUUCGGCGUUCCAUAUCAGUAUACGGAGAGCAGAAUUCUCAAGGCGCGGUUGGAGUACCUGCGCGACGUCCAUCGAAUUCGCGAGUCGGAGUUCCUUAGCUUCGAUGCCAUCCGCAACGCUGCGCAGUGCGUUGGGCGCGCGCUGAGAGGUAAGACGGACUGGGGUUUGAUGGUUUUCGCAGAUAAGCGCUUCGCCAGGGCGGAUAAACGGGCGAAACUUCCUCGAUGGAUCAACCAGUAUAUCACAGAGACAGCAGCAAAUCUAUCUACAGACAUGGCACUCACGCUCUCCAAACUAUUCAUGCGCACAAUCUCGCAAACUCAGGACGUGAACCAGACUGGAGUAUCUCUAUGGACUCUCGAAGACAUUGAGAAGGCUCAGGCCAUUCAACGCGACGCCGAGGCAGCGGCGGAGCGGGAAGCAGCCGCAGCGCGAGCUCGGGAGGUCGAGGAUGACGGAUUGAGGGCUCCUAAUGGUAUGGACGACGACGACGAAGACGAGUAUGGCGAUGGCGGCAUCACCGACGGGAUGUUGCUGGAUGUCUCCACAUAA